CACGCCUCUUCAGUCUCUCUCCGGGGGUACGGAUGGGUUGCGCGCCUGCGCCGCUCCUUUGCCGGCGUGUUCGUCACCGAGCGCGAGACGGCGCGUCCGUUACGUCGGAGGCGAAGGUGACCUGCUUGAGGAGGAAGAGAGAGAGUGACGAGACGUUGCCGCCGCCAUGUUGUCCGUGGCCGCCCGCUCCGGCCCGUUCGCCCCUUACCUCUCGGCCGUGGCACAUGCCAUGCCGGGCCCGCUGAAGCCCUUGGCUCCGGGUUUGGCUCCGGCGGCCGCCAAGCUGUCGCUGGACCCGAAGCGGCCUCUGCUCUGCCGGGAGUCGCUGCACGGCCAGGCGGCCCGUGGGGGCCUCUUCGCCACCUCCAGCCUCAACGCUCCUGCUACCGUUCGUUAUGUCCACAAUGAUGUCACUAUGCCUGACUUCUCUGAGUACCGCCGCCAAGAUGUAUUAGAUACCACAGUAUCAUCUCAAGAGAGCAGUGAAUCCAGAAAAGCAUUCUCCUACUUUAUCACGGCCACAGCUUGUGUGGUGUCCGCAUAUGCUGCUAAGAAUGUUGUCACUCAGUUCAUCUCUAGCAUGAGUGCUUCUGCUGACGUGUUGGCAAUGUCGAAGAUUGAGAUCAAGCUGUCUGAUAUUCCCGAAGGCAAGAAUAUGGUUUUCAAGUGGAGAGGGAAGCCCCUCUUUGUGCGUCAUAGAACCCAACAAGAGAUUGAACAAGAAGCUCAAGUACCUUUGACUGAAUUGAGAGACCCACAGCAUGAUUUAGACAGAGUAAAGAAACCUGAGUGGCUCGUCAUGAUAGGUGUAUGCACCCACCUUGGCUGUGUACCCAUUGCAAAUGCUGGAGAUUUUGGUGGCUAUUACUGCCCUUGCCAUGGGUCACAUUAUGAUGUGUCUGGCAGAAUCCGCAAAGGCCCAGCUCCGUUAAAUCUUGAGGUUCCAUACUAUGAUUUCGCUUCCGAAGAUUUACUUAUUGUGGGUUAAAUUGCUGGACGCUUGUCUCUCGGUUUCUUGUAUGUACACUAAGGAAAGAGGCUGGCGUUAAUGUAAUGUAAAGAAGAGUUGAGUGGAAAAUAAUUGUUAACUGUCCAAAGUCACUAUUCAGAUCUGUUAACUUGUUUGUGUACUUGGUCAGUCUUAAUAAAGGAUUAAAUUGAUGUGCCAGAAA